CCCCGCCCGAGUCCCAGUCAUGUCAACGACAACAACACGAAGAAACAUGAGAACAAUCACAUAAUCACGAUGGCCAAGUGACCGAUGAAGGCGUUCGCCCAUAGACGCAAGCUAUCGCGGACUCCGUGGUACGAGCCGUCCACGAUCUGAGAAAGGCAUUUUCGGUGGAGGAAUUCUUCUUCGGCAGCCCGAGAGACCUCACAAGUGUGCCGCGAUGUAUUUGGACCCCAACGAAGUGAUAUGGAUUGUGGCGCUUGCGUUCAUAGUGGCAUUUUUCCUGGCGUUCGGUGUCGGCGCGAACGACGUUGCGAAUUCGUUCGGAACGUCUGUCGGCUCGGGAGUGCUCACGUUGAAGCAAGCGUGCAUCAUGGCCACGAUUUUCGAAAUUCUAGGAGCCUGUCUAUUAGGUUACCGCGUCUCGGACACGGUUCGUAAAGGAAUAUUCGAUAUCGCUAUCUACGAAGACGAUGAGAAAACUCUGAUGCUCGGAAAUUUGGCCGCUCUCUGUGGAUCGGCAAUGUGGAACAUCAUCGCUACAGCAUUCCGACUGCCGGUUUCCGGAACACAUUCAAUUGUCGGAGCAGUCGUAGGUUUCUCGCUCGUCGCUAGAGGAUUUUCCGGCAUUAAUUUUCGAGGACUGCUAAAAAUCGUCGCGUCGUGGUUCAUCUCGCCCGUGCUAUCGGGCCUGCUGUCCGCUUCGAUUUUCUACUGUAUACGGCGCUAUAUAAUUUCGCAGAAAAACGGCUUCGACAUCGGUCUGAGGGCCUUGCCGCACAUUUAUGGAGCAACGAUUUUCAUCAACGUGCUCUCGCUCGUGCUCGAUGGGCCGCCGCUCCUCAAGUUCGACAGGAUCCCAGGAUGGGCAGCAGCCGCAAUCUCAUUUUUGAUUGCGUCAUGCGUGGGUUUCGCUGUGUGGAAGUGGUACGUCCCCAAACUGAGGACCCAGAUCCAGACCGACGAAGAGCAGGCCGACGCGCUCACGGAGCCCAACAAAUCAUCCCAAGCGACUAGCGACCCUCAAUUAAACGUUGACUUGAUAACGGGAACCAAGACGACGAACGGUAUAACCAAAAGUGCGAGUGCCGCAUCCUCGGCAGCUAUGCACGCCGCACCGCCGACGGCAAAAACAUCUGAACUGCUCCUCCAGCCGCCGAAGCCGCCGAAAGAGAAACCCGAGGUGGCUCGAUUGUUCUCUUUCCUCCAAAUACUGACAGCGGUGUUCGGCUCAUUCGCUCAUGGAGGAAACGAUGUCGCCAACGCUGUCGGUCCUCUGGUCGCCGUAUGGCUAAUCUACACCGAUGGUUCCGUUCAGCAAACUUCUCCCACACCCUUCUGGGUGCUGCUCUACGGGGGGAUCGGAAUCAGCGCCGGAUUGUGGAUCUGGGGCAAGAGAGUCAUCCAAACGAUCGGUAACGACCUCACUAAGGUCACACCCACAAAUGGCUUCUCCAUUGAAAUCGGUGCGGCGUCCACCGUACUGCUAGCUUCGAAAUUGGGAAUUCCCAUCUCUACCACUCACUGUAAAGUAGGUUCUAUUGUAUUCGUAGGCUGUACCAGAAAUCAGCAGAAUGUCGACUGGAUACUGUUUCGUGGUAUCGUGGCCGCGUGGCUGUUGACGCUCCCCGUCACUUGCGCUCUAACGGCAGCGAUUAUGGCCGUUCUUAUGCAAAUAGGGUAAACGCAACAGCUCUCCAACUGGGAAGGACGCGCGCAAUUGUUUGGCAAUCGUCGAUCCGAUGGUCGUCGAUCACUGUCUCGAUCAGCCGACGAUCAGGUACCCACUCGAUUGGGGAGCCUGCGUCGCAAGGGAAAGUACCGCGUUGGACUCUAACCGCUAGAAGGUGGAUCUUCGGACAGCAUCUCGACAUUCAAAGCUAGACAAGCAGCAUCAAGCCGCAUCAACGGCUUCAGCCGUUGGGACAUUGGAUUCCGGAAUUCAGGAUUUCUUCCCAAAUUGAUCAACAUGACGCUCAUUGAGAGAGAAUCAUGCGGAGAGAGAGGGUGCCCGUGGAGGAAAAGUGUUUCCGAGCUCGGUAUGAUGAUUUGUUGUUGUUUAGAACUCGGAUGAGUGUUGAAUAGUUCGAGGAUUAUGCAGAUGAUUAUUUUUACAACAAUCAAAAGAAUUCGCUCAAUGACGAAAAGACUAUCGGGACUUUUUCGGCUAUCGUAGAUUGACUCAAUCUUACAAGUCGACGUGUACAUAAUUCAUUCA